AUGCAGGGUCUUGCGGAUGGUCCCGUCAAGACUCACCUGUUCCGGCUUGAACUAGAUUCACUAGAACAAGCCAUUUCCAUUGCGGAGCAGGAAGACUUCAGUCUGAGACAGGCUCGCGCCAGCUCGACAUCAUAUCGUCAACCGAGACGAUAUGACAACGGAGGUCCAGAGCCGAUGGAACUCUGUUAUGUAGAGAGCGAGAAGGCUCGCUCUACAGGCUACAAGAAGUUGCAGAGAUGCAACAGAUGUCAAAAGACAGGACACUACGCUUACGAGUGUAGUGCCCCUCGUCCAGUGUCUCGCGACACUGGGCGUAGUGACCGUCCACCCAUGAGAAAGGGGCAGGGACGAGGGUCCGCAGUUGGUGCAAAGACGCAACAACGGGAUGGACCGUCAAAAAACGGACAGGAUCAGUAG